AUGGCGGAUCACGUGUAUGUUAAAAUCGACAUUAGAUGCAUUGACGCUGCAAUACGUCAGAGCAAAUUUGUGAAAGCAAAACUUGAUGAUGAUAUCGGACGUGUCAUAUCUGUAUUGCUGGAAGAAUCCGGUAAAUCUGACGCUGUUCAAAUAUCUAGAAUUGAAAGCAGGGGCACAGACAUUGACCCUAAGACACCUAUUAGUGUUCUCAAAGAUUUUGGAUGUAAAACGAUUUCCGCAUGGGUGUGCAAAUUAGAGCAGGAUUCCAACACCACCAACAACAAACCAACCCAGGGUAAAAGUAUAUUUGAUGUACUAAUGACAGCUACCAGGAGCUACACACAAUAUCCUGCACAAAGGUAA